UCACAAAUUAUAUUUUUCUCGUAAAGUUUCAACUUUUAAAAACAUUGAAACUGUAAUAAUUACCUAAAAAAAUAAAGACAAGUAAAGAAAUCGUGUGACAGUAACUUAAUAACAUCACCAUGGUUAAUGUAAUUAUUUCGAGAAUUCCGCAAACCGUGACUUUUGUUAAGUUUGUACACUUUUUGAAGAAAGCAAUCCUAAGAUGCAAGAAGGAGUUCUACGUCAACUAUUACAACCCUGAGGUGGACGGUUAUAAGCAGAUGUCCUUCAGUACCACAUUGAAGAAAGCUCAAAAAGUCCAAAAGACAUUGGACGGUUUUGUGUACAUACAUGCAUAUAAACAAUAUGCUCUUGCAUGUUGGUUGGAGAAUUUGGACGAAGAGGUCAUUGAAGUCAAGCCUCCUGAGCAUAAUACGCCAAUUGUACCAGUUUACAGCAAGAAAAAAGGAAAAGGCAAUAUAAAUCAAAAUGCACAAUAUAAUCCACCCCAAAAUCAUCAGGGGGACAUCAGGGAAGAUAGAGAGGAAUAUUAUGAGCCAGCUCCGAAAAACGCUCGUUAUUCUGGAAGUCUAGUAGAUACCAAGUCCAAGUCACGGUCAGGUGGUGCUGAUCAUUCCAGUGACCUCAAUGCUUUAGAGCUACAGACGGAGUUGGUUAGACAGCAGAGGAUCCUGCUGGAGGAAGAGACCAAGUUGCUUUUGGAGAAGAAAAAGUUGGAGUAUCUCCAGCAACUUGGACCAAAUGAUUACGAGAAAUUCAAAAAAGUUGAAGAAGUAUACAGACGCGACGACCCGCGAGAGAUUUCCGAAUUUCUCAAAUCAGGUCAAUCGACAGGUCAACCGGAACCCGUCCCUGCUUCAGUGAAAGUUGGGAAAAAAAAGUUGCCUGCUUUUGUGUGGCCUUGCAAAGCUGUCAUUGCUCAAAUGAGGAAGCUGAUCAUCUCACACAAAGAGAUAGAUUCAUCGAACCGCUCUUUAUUCUAUGACCUCCUAACUACUACGCUGAAAAAGCGUUUAACGAUUGCUAUGGAGGGCAAACCGAAGAUAAAGAAUAAGAGUGUCGUAGGUGUCUAUAGAAAGAUACAUCCCUUUCACACUGACAUUCAAUUGGUGGACGAACUCGUCAAUACAAUCAAGACGAGUUGCUGGCCUUUAAACACGCCGACCAAUGAGACCUCUGCUGUUGCAGUAAAUUGCGACGAAGGUCCAUCUACAGGGGGCCAGAACCAAGCAGAUGAUAACGAGAUAGAUUUGACGGCGGACGACGCUGAGCAAGGCUACUGCUUCGAUGACGAUCAUCUGGUUGAUCUGGACGAGUUCGAGGACAUGGAGGAUGCUGUGCAGGACUGCGAUGAGGCUGCGGACGGAACGGGCACUGAAAAUGAAAAGCCGACCACGGCCGAAGACGCUGACACCAAAUCGACGGAGGCGACUGCAGCUGAAGAAGUCAUUGAGCCCAUUACGACAAAACCGACCAAGGAGGACGAUGUAACCGAAACGGCUGAUGGCGUCACUGACACCAAACCGAUAGAAGUUCUCAUAUCAAAUUAAUCUGAUUGCUGUUGGGGAUGAGAAACCUGCAGUCUUAGAAUAAGUUUGGGUUAAAUAAAGAAAAUAAAGAACUUUUAUAGAAUGAUACUUUAAUUUGCUUAUAACUAAGAUUACAAUGAAUAUUGUAUGGUAUUAACAUAAAUUAGUGUUGCUUUAUUAAAU